AGAGUAAACGUUUGCUUCCCGCGUUAUACAAUGCCCUAAUACUCAUCAUCAUCAUGCGUGCAAGCUAUUUUUCAUUUCCUUUAACGAUUCUCAUUCUUACUCUCUUCAAGCUUCUUCUUUCUUCUUUCUUAAUUAUUUUCUCCUUUUUUCCCGGAAAAUUCUCUCUGUUGUUGUUCUCUCCUGAUAAGCCCGACCAAGUUUAUCCUCUUUCUCACUAAUCAUUUCUCUUACAACUUCUUUCAAUCUCCCUUUAAAACCUAACCUUUUGUUUCAGUUUACAGAUUCUUCAAUCUUUGUACGUUCAUUUCCAUGUUAAAGAACUUCUUUAUUCAUAUUUUCAGAUAAUUAUUUGAGUUCCAAGAAGAAGAAGAUGGGAAACCAAACAAGCAAGAAGUCACAUGAGACAUCGUCUAAGACCACAACGACGAGCAUGCACUACACAACGGAGCUGAGAUCAUACGAGGCUGCUUGUAAAGCAGACACGGAGCUACAGUCUUUCGACACGUGUAUGCAGGCACGGACAAGUCACGUGAUAAGCACGCUAGCUACGGGUGUUGAGGUUCGAGCGCUCUCGUUCGAUUCCCUCAAAGAAGUGACCGAGUGUUUGCUUGAGAUGAAUCAAGAAGUGGUGAAAGUGAUAUUGGAUUGUAAGAAAGAUAUAUGGAAGAAUCAAGAACUGUUUGAACUCGUUGAAGAUUACUUUGAGAAUAGCUUGAAGACCCUUGACUUCUGUGCUGCUUUGGAGAAAGGUUUGAGAAAGGCACGUGAUAGUCAGCUUUUGAUUCUUGUUGCUCUUCAGCAGUUUGAAGACGAGAGCCUCGUUGAAGGUGGGAAUGGAUACGAGAAAACACUUGAAGAGCUGAAGAAUUUCAAAGAGGCAGAGUCACCUUUCGACGAAGACUUCUUCAAGAUGUUCCAAUCUGUUUACAAGCACCAGAUGCUGAUGCUUGAGAAGCUACAACAUCGCAAGAACAAGCUUGACAAGAAGCUCAAGUCCAUCCACACAUGGAGAAAACUCUCCAGCAUCAUCUUCGUGGCUACAUUCGCCACUGUACUCAUCUGCUCAGUCGUGGCUGCGGCCAUGGCGGCUCCUCCCGUGGCUGCGGCUCUGGCUGCAGCUACAGCUAUACCGCUGGGAUCAAUGGGGAAAUGGGUUGACUCUCUGUGGAAAAACUAUGAAAAUGCACUCAAGGGACAGAAAGAAGUGAUCAGUUCCAUGCAGGCAGGGACAUUUGUCGCGGUCAAGGACUUGGAUAACAUCAGGAUUCUAAUUGAACGGCUGGAGAUUGAGAUCAAGGGGAUGGUGAUGUGUGCGGAGUUCGCGGUGGAGCAUGAAGCUGUGAGGAUUGGGAUUGCUGAGAUUAAGAAGAAGCUGGAGGUGUUUAAGAAGUGUGUAGAGGAGUUGGGGGUUCAAGCUGAUUUGUGUAGCAGAGAUAUAAGAAGGGCAAGGACUGUGAUACUGCAGAGGAUCAUCAAGCAUCCCAACCAUGGUAGUAGCAGCACCUGAAAAACAUACAAGGAAACACAAAAGGAACUAUCAUUUCUUAUUCUUCAGCUUUGUGCUGCAAAUAAUAAAAUGUUUGAAAACUCUCUAUAAAGAACAGUACAGAUUCUUUCUUGAGUUUAUUCUCAAUGUUUUAAUUACUAAACUGCUGCAUUUCUGUAUUCUUUGAUGAUUGAAAACAAUUAUUAAUGUUUGAAAUAUAAAUAUUUUUUUUUAA